CUGGGGAGUCCCUUGAGUCUGCAAGUGGUGCCGGGAAACCUGAGAGCAUGGGGAAGCUGCUGAUACUGACCCUGCUGGGGGUCGGCUUGGCCCUAAUCGGGGAGAGGUUUGUGGCUUUUAGAAAAAGAGCUCUUGCAGAUCGAGAAGUGGUGUCAAUAGAACCCCAGAGCUGCCAUCUUGUCGAGGGGCUUGAAACUGGCUCUGAAGAUAUUGAUAUACUUCCUAGUGGGUUGGCUUUUAUCUCCACUGGAUUAAAAUAUCCAGGCAUGCAAAGCUUUGCUCCAGAUGAACCAGGACAUAUCUUCUUGAUAGAUCUGAAUAAGAAAACCCCCAAAGUGCAAGUACUACAAAUCAAUGAUGGUUUUGACAAAGCAUCAUUUAAUCCACAUGGGAUCAGUACUUUCAUUGACAAAGACCAUACUGUGUAUCUUUAUGUUGUGAAUCAUCCCCACCUGACAUCCACUGUGGAAAUAUUUAAGUUUGAGGAACAGCAACAUUCUAUCACGCAUCUGAAAACCAUAAAACAUGAACUUCUCCAAAGUUUAAAUGACAUAGUAGUUAUUGGACCAGAACAAUUCUAUGUAACCAGAGACCACUAUUUUACCAACUUUUUGAUGCAAGUUGAAAUGUUCUUGGGUCUGCCGUGGACUUCUGUUCUUUACUAUACUCCAACAGAGAUCAAAGAGGUGGCCAAAGGAUUUCUUUCUGCCAAUGGUAUCACAAUCUCAUUAGAUAAAAAGUAUAUAUAUGUAGCGGAUGUAUUGGCUCACAACCUUCAUGUGUUAAAAAAACACGAUAACGGGGAUUUAACAGAACUGAAGGUAGUACACUUGGGCACCUUAGUGGAUAAUUUAACUGUUGAUCCAGACACAGGAGACAUUUUGGCAGGAUGUCAUCCUAAUGGCAUGAAGCUGCUGCCCUAUAACCCUGAGGACCCUCCAGGGUCAGAGGUACUUCGCAUCCAGAAUGUUUUGUCUCAGCAUCCCCGGAUCAGCACUGUGUAUGCCAACAAUGGCUCUGUGCUUCAAGGCAGCACUGUGGCAUCUGUGUACCAAAAGAAACUUCUUGUAGGCACCAUAUUUCACAAAACUCUUUACUGUGAGCUCUAGAUAUUCUCUAGGUGUUCUAAAACUCUACAUGUUUGAUAAAAGUAAAUCCUCAAUUUUAUAUGUGGAAUUGUAAGUAAAUAACAAACAUCAACAAGAGAGUGUCAAGUUAAUAACUGACUAGCAAUAAGCCCAACCUCUUAUUUUUCUGUAGAACCCAAACAUUCUUUCUAUAAGUUGUGUGGCUUAUGACAAGUGUGGUGUCCACCUCACCUGAUGUUAGCAGAUCUGUCAAAAGCACAUCUGACUACUCUGAUAUUUUGUUUAAGUCUUCUGAACUGCAGACUUAGAGAAAAGAUUCUGAUUAAAUUUUUACAGUUCCCUUUAUCUUCUUCCAACUAAGCUAGGCAGGAAACAAAAUAUAUAUAACAUCCAAAAAUAAAUAUCCAUGCAUAUAUAGAAUUCUGAGGUAAAUUUAAAAUUUCAUUAAAUGACUAGAUGUUCUGAAUAUAAGGAAAUACUAAACUUUUGAUAAGAUGAACUAAAAUCAUAUGAAGGUUAAAUUUAAUCAACAAAUCCAAAGUACAGUAGGAUAUUUAAAGUUUUAAAAAUGUAAUCACCGUGAAAUUACAUAGUUAUUCAUGACUAGAUUUCAGGCAUACAGUGUUUCAACAUGCAUCCCUUAACUAGUGUUCACUUCCCGCCAACAAUGUCCUCCCCUACCCCUAACUUCAUCCCACUCACCAGCCUGCCUCUUUGAGAGGCAAUUUUUAAAUAAAAUAAGUUUUUGCACUGUGUGGUUUAUUGUACUGUUGCUGAUAGGGUUUCAUACAUAACAUUAUCACUUUUAAUACUACCUCCUCCUUCCUCCCAGUUGAAUGCUUCCUUCUACCAUAGACAUUGCCUCUUCCUUGUCCUAGCCCUCCAACCCCUCAAGUGACAAGUUUUCUAUGAAAUACCAGUUCUCGUGUUCUUUGUUUACAUUGUUUUUGGUAUUCUAUUGUUUCACCAUUAUGUUUCUUUAUAUUCCACAUAUGAGAGAUAACAUUCUGUGUUGGUGUCUAUUUCUCUGACUAACGACCUAAAUGAUACAUUUCAUGUCCCUUUAUGUAAGCAUAAAACUACAUAAACUUAUUUGAAUUUUACAGGGACAAUUUCUAUUUUGGUAAUAUGGAAUUAUUAAUUCUAGAGUAAAUUGUUUAAUAAAAAUAAUAAAACAUAGAUAUAGAUAAAAUAUAUUUUAACAAAAUAUAUUUUAAAGGAUUGUAUAGCUUCAAGAUAAUAUGGAAUAUCUACAUCAUAACAAAUGGAAGGAGAAAUUCAGAGUAGAAUUAAAAUCAGUUUUCACCUGAAAGGGUAAUAUUCUGAAAUAGUUGAACUUUGAAUAUUUUGAACUCAUAGAUUGUGGGGAACAGAAGUCAAAUCAUACUUCAACCCCUAGUUGAUUAAAAUGAAACAUACAUAUAUUCCAAAAGAAGAGACUGAAAAUAGUAGCAAAAUGAACCAAAAGAAAUUUUAGAAGAAAAUCAUGAAGAUCACAAUAUAGCAUGUCAGGCAAACUCAAGAUGACCCCCAAUUACCAUUUUUUCCUGGUGUUAAUUCCCUUGCAUACUUCUCUUUCACAUAAAAUAUAGCAAAUGUAUAUGUAAUCAAAAGGAUAUGCUAGAAAUGAUAAUAUGUGACUGCUGAAUGUAGGUUAUAUAAAAAUAUUGCCACUUGCUUUGCUCCUAGAACCCAACAUCAUGAUUAAAGUUUCCUAUUCUUUUUAAGAUGUUGAGUCCUGGAAAAAUUUGUUAUAAUAAUUAGUCAACCAAUAAAACAGAA